AUGUUCGGGUAUCAGGGUCCGAUGGCUCCCAAGGUGGCGCUACCUGCGCCAGCUUCGACGCCAGCGGGAAUGGCGAUGGCUGCGAUCCCGUCAUACGGUGGCGUGACCAUUCAGCCUCCGAUAACACCUACGGCUGGAUGGAACUCUGGUGGAAUGCUGCCAGCGUGGUCGGCAGCUCCCGCAACUCAGACGCCUACGAGCAUGGGAGGCCUUGGAAUUGGUAGGACCUUCAGUGGUCAAAGAGGAAGUUACCAGGCGCAUUCGGUGUACGCUCAAGGGCCUGUGAUGAAUCGGACGCACGACCACGGUGGUAAUUGGAACGCAUCCGGGACGGAACGAGCCGAUAGUGGGCAUCCCAACUGA